AUGACUUCAGACGAACAUCUUACUAUGCCAAUGCAGAAUAGAGUUCAAUCAAUCUCCGAUCGAACCAUCCCCCAAAAGCACGAUCCCUCCAAGACCGACAAAUUCACAUGCAGCUCCCGAAAGCCUGGGACUCCAAAGUGGAGCAAUCCGGCUUGCCCCCGAUCCGAGAAGUUGGAAGAACAAGCCCGUUUCAGCUCCGCCAAGAACGAUCAGGCCAAGCAAUAUUAA